GUUGAGGGAAGGACCGUCAAGGCUCAGAUCUGGGACACAGCUGGACAGGAAAGAUACAGAGCCAUUACAAGUGCUUACUAUAGGGGUGCUCUUGGGGCUCUUCUGGUAUAUGAUGUGACAAAACCAACCACCUUCGAGAAUGUUAGUCGGUGGUUGAAGGAACUGAGGGAUCAUGCAGAUUCGAACAUUGUGAUUAUGCUCAUUGGAAACAAGACGGAUCUGAAGCAUCUUCGAGCAGUUGAUACAGAGGAUGCUCAAAGCUUUGCUGAAAAAGAAGGCCUUUCUUUCAUCGAAACAUCUGCAUUGGAGGCAACAAAUGUAGAGAAGGCUUUCCAGACGAUUCUUUCAGAAAUCUAUCGGAUAAUCAGUAAGAAGCCACUUUCUUCCGAGGAGCCAGCAACUGCUAACAUCAAAGAAGGGAAGACUCUUGUUGUUGGGGCAGAGGAUCCUGCCCCCAAGAAGGCAUGUUGCUCUUCAUCUUGAUGGUCAUUAGAUUUUUAAGCCCCUAUAUUGUUCCUUUUGUUAGUUUUAACUAGUAGUCAUUUUUUGCCUUCUAUAUUCUCGGUAAAGAUAUUAUACCCUUUUUCAACAUUAGGAAGGAAAUGUGCAAUACAUGUCAAAAUCUUGUUAUAGUAUGGCUCUUUAAGAAUUAAAUCAAUUAUUUCAAUGCUUCAGCGUUA